AUGGAUUCGCCAAUGUCUGAAAACAAUGAAGACCAACAAUAUCCUAGAAGGUGGAAUCAUAUAAGGAAAAUUUUAGAAAGAGCAGGACCUUUCUGUCACCCGAAUUAUGAAGCCUCUCCAGAAGUUCUUAACUUUGUCAUGACAUCCUGUAAAAUUCUUGUAAUUGGUGCAGGAGGCCUGGGCUGUGAAUUACUUAAAGAUCUGGCUCUGAUGGGUUUCCAGAAAAUUGAUGUUAUAGAUAUGGAUACUAUUGAUUUAUCGAAUUUGAAUCGGCAGUUUUUAUUCAGAAGGAAAGAUAUUGGGCAAUCAAAAGCAGAGGUAGCUGCAAAUUUCAUCAACUCAAGGAUUCCUGGGUGUAAAGUUACACCGCAUUUUAAUCGCAUCCAAGACUUUGAUGAAGAUUUCUACCGCCAAUUCCAUAUUGUUGUGUGUGGGUUAGACAGUAUAGUUGCUCGUAGAUGGAUAAACGGAAUGUUGCUUUCAAUGCUUUCUUAUGAAGAAAAUGGAGAACUUGAUCAGUCGACACUGAUUCCAAUGAUAGAUGGAGGGACUGAAGGUUUUAAAGGAAAUGCCAGGGUCAUUCUUCCCGGAAUGUCUGCUUGUGUUGAUUGCACCUUAGAUUUAUAUCCACCACAGGUUACUUACCCACUUUGCACAAUUGCUAAUACGCCAAGACUUCCCGAACAUUGUAUUGAGUAUGUAAAACUUAUUCAAUGGCCUAAAGAAAAUCCUUUUGAUUGUGCUAUUGAUGGGGAUGAUCCUCAUCAUACUAAUUGGAUUUACGAAAAAUCUCAAGACAGAGCUAAUCAAUUCAAUAUUCCUGGUAUUACUUACAGACUUGUUCAAGGCGUUAUUAAAAAUAUCAUUCCUGCUGUUGCUUCAACAAAUGCCAUUAUUGCUGCUGCCUGUGCAACAGAAGUUUUUAAAAUGGCUACUAGCUGUUGUUUGCCACUAAAAAACUACAUGGUUUUCAAUGAUUUAGAUGGUAUUUAUACAUAUACGUACGAAGCAGAGAAAAAAGAAGAUUGUUUAGCUUGUUCUAAUGUUCCUAAAAUAUUAGAAAUUGAAAACGAUAACUUAAAACUUCAACAGCUGAUUGAUAUCCUUUGCGAAAAUGAGAGCUAUCAAAUGAAAAAUCCUGGUUUGACAACUGUUCAUGAUGGAAAGACAUUUACGCUAUACAUCCCCACUGUAAAAAGUAUUGAAGAAAGAACUAGAGAAAAUUUGAAAAAAACUCUAUCAGAUUUAGGACUGAAAAAUGGUUCAGAGAUACUGGUUGCUGAUAUUACAAAUCCAAAUACUCUUAUAUUUUCUUUGAAAUUCAAAUCUCAUUCUUAA